AUGUCUUUAUUUUCGCAUGGGUUGAGACGACACGGCCGCGAUUUGCUCAGAUUGGGUCCGAGUGGUGUUAAUUUGGUGGGCGUGUGGGGCGGUGGCGUGUCAUUCCGUAAUUACACCACACACAGGAGUUUGAAGGGGGUGUUCAAGUUGGGGCUUGCCGGUGUCACUGUGGGGGCUUUGGUGGGGACGGGGUACUCCAUUCAUCGGCUGAAUCAGCCCCGGGGGCACAUCAUUAAUGAGGAAACUGCAAUACCGAUCCUGGAGGAGUUGCCAAAAAUUGCACCAAGUCGCGAGGUGCGGUUUCCUGAAGACCGGUCCGGCCUUAAAUUAACGCUUUUUCAAUACCAAACUUGUCCGUUUUGUUGCAAAGUCCGGGCGUUUUUGGAUUAUUACGGUAUUUCGUACGAUGUGGUGGAAGUUGACCCGGUUUUGCGCCAAUCAAUCAAGUGGUCACCGUAUAAGAAAGUCCCCAUUUUAGUGGCCGAUUUGCCACAAGGUUACCAACCCCUGAACGAUAGUUCUAUGAUUAUUUCCGCCUUAUCAACGUACAUCAAAGACAGGAAGGAUUUACGCGAGACAGUCAAGUGUUACCCCCACAUCACCUACGUUGAUGAAGACGGGUCGAAGAAAAGCGAAAUUAUGAACAAAUAUUUUCUAGUAUUAGGAGAAAACAAAAUUUCAAGAGAAAUCAAUGAGGAGCGACAGUGGCGCAAGUGGGUAGACGAAGUCUUCGUCCAUGUCCUCUCCCCCAACGUUUACAGAACGCGAGAGGAGGCUUUCGAGGCUUUCAAUUGGUUUUCAGAGGUGGGCGAAUGGGAGAAAAAUUUUCCAUCAUGGGAACGCAACCUUAUCAUUUUCGUGGGGGCCUCAGCUAUGUAUUUAAUUGGAAAAAAACUGCAGAAAAAAUAUAGUUUGAAGAGGGACGUCCGGGAAAGUUUCUACGACGAAUGCAAUUUCUGGAUGAAGUCGAUUAAAGCAAAAGGGACGAAAUUUAUGGGCGGGGAAAGACCGAAUUUAGCCGAUUUGGCCGUUUAUGGCGUUUUGUGCAGUAUUGAAGGGUGUCAGGCGUUUAAGGACAUUGUAAAACAUACGAAAAUUGCCGAAUGGUACUAUCCGAUGAAGGAGGCGGUUAAUGGCCACGAGGGGGCACAGUUUGUUUAAUUGUAUUGUAGUUUUGGUUUUAAAACAUCGUUUUAGUAAGUG